CGCGCGCCGCCUGCUAGAGGUGCGUGUUAGUUUUCGGCUUUACGAGCGCGGGUCCGAGCGAAGAGGCUGAACCCGUGCAGGGUGUGUUCGCGAAUAUGAGGAAAGCUGCACUUUACUGUGUGUGUUUGGGACUCGUUGCAGUUCUGACGGGCCGCUCGUCUGCCGGACAGUCCGGUGAUGAUACCUUCUCCGUCGAGCACCGAGGCUCCGGACGCUGUCUGGUGGCGGACGGGCAGCAGUUGCGCUUGGCCGAGUGUGCGGCGGCGGAUCUCUGGAAGUGGGUCUCCGGCCACCGGCUCUUCCACGUGUCCAGCGGUCGCUGUCUAGGCCUCGAGGUGCGCAGCAAGGCCCUGCGGCUGCUGGACUGCGCUCCGGCAGGCGACGUGCUGUGGUGGCGCUGCGCGGACGGAGUCGUCUACACGGCCUACCAGAUGUGCCUGGCCGUGGUCAACGGCACCGUGGGCGCCAAGCGGGACUCGACCGACCGGUGGAGCGUCUGCGAGCGGUCCUACCAGGUUGUGCACACCACCCUGGGAAAUUCCUACGGGGCGCCCUGCUACUUCCCAUUUCGCUACAACGGCAGCUGGUUCCACGAGUGCCUCCCCGACGACUCGGACGACGCGGCGCCGGGGCUCUCCUGGUGCUCCACCACCCAAGACUUUGACGCCGACGGGAAGCGGGGAUACUGCCUCAAACCUGAGACCGGCUGCGGGCCGCUGUGGUCGGAGAAGCCCCGGCAGGGAUACUGCUACCAGCUGAACCUGCGGUCGACCGUCAACUGGCACACGGCCCUCGCCUCCUGCCGGAGCCAGAGGGCCGAGCUGCUGAGCAUCGCCGGCAUCGAGGAGCUCGGCCUCUUCAAGGACCGGUCGGACCUUCCGGCCCAGGUGUGGAUCGGACUGGAGCAGCUGGACGAGGCGCGGGGCUGGCGGUGGGCCGACAGCUCGCCCCUCGCGUUCGUCCGGUGGGAGUCGGGGAUGCCCAACACCAACGUGUUCAGCGCCGCAGAAUGCGCGGUGAUGAACCCCAGGGGAUUCUGGAAGUCGGUGCUCUGUGACAAGAGCCUGCCGUACAUCUGCAAGAAAAGCCUCAAUGGCUCGGAGGCUGAGUCGCCGGGCCUGUGGGUGAACCAGUCCACAAAAUGCGCGUCCGGCUGGGCGCCGUGGAACGGGUUCUGCUUCAAGCUGGAGAAGGAGCGACGUCUGGCCAUGGCGGACGCCCAGCAGCGCUGCAGGACGCUGGGUGCGGAACUGGUCAGCGUGCACAGCCUGGCGCAGGUGGAGGCCAUCAGCACCGCCUUCCACGCAGAUGGUGCCUCGGAUGUCUGGACGGGCCUGAAGAGCGAAGGCGAGCCGGUUCUCUUCCGGUGGGUCGACCGGUCGCCCGUCUCCUUCACGUACUGGGCCAGGAACGAGCCCCACCCGCUCCCCGGCAACAACGCUUCGUGUGUCUCUUACUCCGGGGAGUUUCAUCUGUGGAGAGUCACUCCAUGUGAUGAAAAGCUCUCGUUUCUGUGCGCGAAGGAGGGUGACGUGAACGACACUGCGGUCGCAACCGGAUGCCCGGCUGGCAAAGAAUGGAAGCGUCACGGCAACGCGUGCUACAAAGUGGACCCCAGGGAGGUGCUGUUCAAGGACAGGUGCAACCUCUCCAUAACGAACAGGUUCGAACAAGCCUUCAUCAACAGCCUCAUCCGGGAACAAGCGACAGCCGUCACCAGCUACUUCUGGACGGGCCUGCAGGACAGCAAGAACGUGGGCGAGUACCAGUGGAUGACCACAGAAGGCCCGGGUGACCGAGUCACGUUCACCAACUGGAAUAUCUACGAGCCAGCGCUGGCAGGAGGCUGCGCGGUCAUGACCACGGGCAAAACCCCGGGGAAGUGGGAGGUGAAGAACUGCACCUCCUUCAAGGCCGGUUCCGUCUGCAAGGUGGACGCGGGACCCCGCGUGCCUCCGGAACCCGAGCCGGACCUCGGUCAACCCUGCGCUCCGGGAUGGGUCUCUGCCGACAACAUUCGCUAUUGCUACAAGGUGUUCCACGAGGAGAGGCUGAGCCGUACGCGCACCUGGGUGGAGGCGGAGCACUUCUGCCAGGCCCUGGGAGCUCACCUGCCCAGCUUCAGACACGUGGAGGAGAUGGAUGCCCUUCACAGCUUCCUGAGGAACACCAUCAGCAAUGACCGGUACUUCUGGGUCGGGCUGAACCAGAGAAACCCCGGGGCUGAAGGCAGCUGGGAGUGGUCCGACGGAAGACCAGUCUCCAGCUCAGUCUUCCCCAGGGAGUUUCACGAGGAUGACGAGUAUAACAGGGAUUGCGUUGCCUUCAAGUCGGAGAGGAGGACCCUGAGGACCUUCUUCAUGCUGCUCUUCGACCUGCCGCUGAGAUCCUUCUUCGCCAGCCCGUUCCACUGCGACGCCCGCCUCGAGUGGGUCUGCCAGAUCCCACGAGGGAAGACGCCAGAGACUCCAGAGUGGUACAACCCAGGCGGACACCACGAGACUUCGGUAUUCGUGGACGGAACCGAGUUCUGGUUCGUCAAUGAUACGAGGCUCGGUUACGAGGAGGCUCAGCUGUACUGCUCCAACAACGAGAGCAAACUGGCCAGACCCAACAGUAUCCUUGCUUUCAAACAGAUUUUGGAAACCAUUUUUAAGAUCGCGGACAGCACGCAGAGCUGGUGGGUGGACGUGGACGAGAGCGAGCAGAACUUUCGCCCAAGGUGGCCGCCAGCGAUGACCCAUGAGCCCAACUUUCCCGGCACCUGCACUUCCCUUAGCAUCCGGUCCAUCAUCCCAGAAUACCGCUACAGCUGCGAGACGCUCCUGCCGUUCCUGUGCGAGAAGCUGAACCUCACGGCGCUAGAGAAGCAGCCCGCCCUUCCGCACCCCCCCGGUCGGCCCUGCGGAAACGACUCCCUGGCCUUCAGGGACAAGUGCUACAGGCUGUUCAAACCGCGGCACAUGACCUUCAGCCAAGCCAACGAGCACUGCCAAACGAUGGGGGGGACCCUGCUGACCGUCUCCAGCCAGGUGGAGCAGGAUUUUAUCACGUGGGCGCUGUCGAACCGGUCCCAGAAGUCCUGGAUCGGCCUGAAGAUGAAACCUCAGGAGAUGGAGUGGGUGGACGGCUCGCCCGUCACCUUCCUCAACUUCAACCCCCUGCUGCUGGGACAGGUGCGCCCCCUGCUGAUCCACGUCUUGGACCCGGGGAGCAUGGAGCUGUGCGGCUACAUGUUCACCGAGCGCUCGGCCUUGAUAGGCACCUGGGACUACAUGCCGUGCAGGGAGUCGCAGUAUGCCUCGGCGUGCCAGUACUACGCAGAUAAAUCAGAAGAGACUUUCAUUCCUGAGGGUAACUUCACGAUGGGUGAGCACACGUACCUGGUCGUGCAGGGGAACAUGACGUGGCUCGAAGCGCUGGAGCAAUGCAAGAAUAAGGGCAUGGAGCUGACCAGCGUAUCAGACGCCUUUCAGCAGGCCGCUCUGACCGUGACCGUCAGCAAGGCCAACACCUCAUUGUGGAUCGGCCUCUACAGCCUAGACGAUGGAAUCCACUAUCAGUGGACGGACGGGAGCCACACGGUGUUCAGCCGCUGGUCCCCGGAGCCGACGUCGGGCGAAUACGUCUACCUCGACGCUGACGGCUUCUGGAAAGCUGCGGAUUCCGAAGAGGAGUUGGCCGGGGCCAUCUGCCACGUGCCGCGGAAUCAGUCAAACGGGGAAUCCAGGGACGUCGUGGCGAAAUGUCCCCACAAGGGCAGCGGACCCAACUGGAUCCCGUUCAGGAAUAACUGCUACACGUUCCAGCUGGCCUCCUCGCGCUGGGACGAUCUGGACAAGGACGUCCGCAACACGUGCGCCAAGUUUGACCCAAAGGCCAAUAUUCUAACGAUCAGGGACGAGAAGGAGAACGAGUUUGUGACUGAACAGCUCUGGCCUUUCAGGGAUCUGGCACAGUACGUGUGGCUCGGGAUGGUCAAAGGCGACGGGGCGAACAGCUUGAAGUGGUACGACGACACGUACGUCCAGUUCUCCAAGUGGCGCGCCGGCAGGCCUAACGUUACCCAGCGCUUCAUGGCAGGCCUCAGACUCGACGGCCUGUGGGAGUUCUUCUCAAAUCCGCAGCUGUUCUCGCUUUUCAAGGAGAGGAGUAUCGUGGUCUGCAAAAUCGAGAAUGGCUCCAAAGAGGAGUACAGGAAGUCGGCCGGCGACGCCGUGAUUGUCGGCAACUGGAGCUACCAGGGGAUCAAGGGAAGGAUGACGUGGAUGGAAGCAGCGCGGGCAUGCAAGAGCGCCGGCGCCCACCUGGCCAGCAUCCACAGCUCUAACCAAGACGACCGCGUGAAGCUGGUGCCCCAGCGAGACGGCUUCCCGCUCUGGAUUGGAUUCUCCAGUCAGGAUGGAGGCUUGUCCAUGGAGUGGUCAGAUGGAACAACGGUGGACUACAAGCCUGAGGGUUUCCUGAGCUCCAACAGCAGCGGCGACUGCUUCAUGUUGAGUCCCAGCGGCUCCUGGGACCGGAUGGAUUGCCAGGCCAAGUUGGAGGGAGCGAUCUGCUACAACAGCAGCACAGAGCGGUCAAGCCCCCUGUCCACCCCACAGGACAACGGAUGCCCCCAGGGGACUGGGACGGCCCGAUGGAUUCAGUACGAAGGCCAUUGCUACGCGUUCGACAUGGCCUUCUUCAACUAUUCUGUGUACUCCAUGGAGGAUGCCAAGGCCAUCUGUGGAGCCCUAGACAAAUCAGCGGAGCUGCUGGUCGUGAACAGCGGCGAAGAGAACGACUUUGUCUCAAAAAACGUGGCGCAGAAUCCCUUCAUCACCGGACGUGUUUGGCUUGAUGUGCAGCUCAACAGACAAGCAGGUCAGUCCACGGAGUACUCCAACUGGGAGAAGGGCAGCACCCUGCGUUCGCCAGCCGACCCCGCCUGCGCCGUCCUGCUGUCCACCAAAGGGGGCGCCUGGGACCGCGUGAGCUGCCGGGACGCGCGCAGCCGUGUCGUCUGCAAAGCGCCGGCCCGGUCAGAAGGCUCGCCCGCGGCGCUCAUCCUGUUCCUGAUCGUCACCUUUCUGCUGCUCGGCGUGGUGGCCUUCAUCGUGUACAGGAAGAACAGGUCACGCUUCUCCUCAACGGUGCGGUACAAGAGGAACUUCGAUGAGGCGGACAGCACGAGUAUAAUAACACAGACCGAGUGAGCGGCGCUCUGCACGAGACAAGAGUGGCGUAGGUGCCUUUCGCGAAACAACCCAUCGGCCAGCAGCAAGCACACCUGCAACACUCCAUCCCUUAAUACGCUUCACACCUGUGCCAACGAAGGAUCCCGAAAGUCAUUUUCUCCUUUAAGGCCUACAGUUUCUUUUGAUGAAGCUGCUGAAAUGGAAGUGUGUUGCCAUUAAGUUUGAAAUUCACAAUGGUCCCUGGAAGGGCGGCCUGAAUGUCACAAACUGAUUUCUAUUGGAUCGAACAGAAGCACUGAGGUUGUUUUUACCGUGAUGUGAAUAUUUUACCGUCACCCAUCCUGUAUGCAUAGGGGGAUUUUUCUUUUGUUACUCUAACGUGCAAAUUUUACUUGUGACUCCCCUCCCCCCCCCCCCCCCCGUUCAAUGCCAGUGUUCAGGUAGGCAAAGCGAUCGCUAUCAAAGCCAGUGCCUCCGUUUGCUCCAGUUGUCGCUGAUCCGCGUUAAAAAGAAAUCUAAACACUGUAUUCAUGUAAACCAAUUGCUUUGGAUUUAACCUUAACUGUGUAAAUGUAGGAUUGGAGUUUUUCCUGUUUUAAACUGACAAUGAGGUAAUUUGAAGCUAUAAACCAGGGUCACCUGCUGUUAAGGAAGAGUACGAGCUGUUUGCCCAUUGCCAGCAUAUUCAUAUUGCUAUUAGUCUGAAGUGUUUCAUGGAUGAAUUUAUAGUCGACCUUCAUGGGGAGGAUCAUAUGCACUAAAACUGCGGCAGGGUUUGAGCACUUUAUCCAGAGUGAGCUUAAGUACUCUUAUUUGAGUUUUUUUUUUUCUUCUUCAAGCACAAGCGCUUAAAAACGUAGAGCAGGGGCUGGCUUGGCGCGUUUGUAAAUAGUUUGUUCUGGAGUUUAUUUUAAACUGUAAAUUUAAGCCAAAGAUGGAGGUGGAAGGAAAGCGAGGAGUAUUAAGUCACAUUUCGAAACACACCACUCCAAGUCACACUCCCAGGAACAAGAUCACCCACAUCGUGUCAUUCUGCUUCUUUUCUUCGUUCGUUUUACCAGGUCUUUUAACUUUUGUCCUCCUCCUCGUUCUUGUCCUUUGUGGGCCUCUAAUAAAAACUCCUGCCUUCAGGAACGGGGGCGUGAUGUUAUUUCUCACACGUGAAAAAACACUAUAGCGUCUUUCCAGCAGGCCUGCAAACAAAGGGUUAGCGUUGCGUCCGUCUCUCUCCCCCCACAGGUAAACGUGUUCCUGACAAUGAAUUUGCCAUCGGUUUUUGUCCAUUCCUCAUUCCCAAAAUUGACUCAUUUAUGCUGAAAAUGUGCCCAAGUCCUCUAAAAAGAUUGUUA